CCUCCCGCCGGGUCAGCCCCGAGGAGUCGCCCGGUGGCCGCGGCAGACGGAAGCCGAGCGAGAGCCCCGGCGUCCGCAGGAUGGGCGACUCCAAAGUGAAAGUGGCGGUGCGGAUCCGGCCGAUGAACCGACGAGAACUUGACUUGCAUACCAAAUGUGUGGUGGACGUCGAUGCAAACAAGGUUAUUCUUAAUCCUGUAAAUACUAAUCUUUCCAAAGGAGAUGCCCGGGGCCAGCCAAAGGUAUUUGCCUAUGAUCAUUGUUUUUGGUCUAUGGAUGAAUCUGUCCGAGAAAAGUAUGCAGGUCAGGAUGAUGUUUUCAAGUGCCUUGGUGAAAAUAUCCUUCAGAAUGCUUUUGACGGCUACAACGCGUGUAUCUUUGCCUACGGACAGACUGGGUCUGGAAAGUCUUAUACUAUGAUGGGCACAGCUGACCAACCUGGACUAAUCCCAAGACUUUGCAGUGGGCUCUUUGAACGAACUCAGAAAGAAGAGAACGAGGAGCAGAGUUUCAAAGUAGAAGUGUCCUACAUGGAAAUUUAUAAUGAAAAAGUCCGAGACCUCCUUGAUCCCAAAGGAAGCCGUCAGACGUUGAAAGUCAGAGAACAUAGUGUGUUGGGACCCUAUGUCGAUGGACUUUCUAAGCUGGCUGUCACAAGCUACAAGGAUAUUGAGUCUUUGAUGUCUGAAGGUAACAAAUCUCGCACGGUUGCUGCCACCAACAUGAAUGAGGAGAGCAGCCGAUCCCAUGCGGUUUUCAAAAUCACUCUCACGCACACUCUCUAUGAUGUGAAGUCUGGGACAUCUGGGGAGAAGGUGGGCAAACUGAGCUUGGUCGACUUAGCCGGCAGCGAACGAGCGACAAAGACCGGAGCUGCCGGCGACAGGCUGAAGGAGGGCAGCAACAUCAACAAGUCCCUCACCACCCUCGGCCUGGUUAUCUCGGCCCUGGCAGAUCAGAGCGCCGGCAAAAACAAGAAUAAAUUUGUUCCAUAUCGUGACUCCGUUCUCACUUGGCUGCUCAAAGACAGUCUCGGAGGCAACAGCAAGACAGCCAUGGUAGCUGCCGUGAGCCCGGCAGCUGACAACUACGAUGAAACCCUCUCAACCCUGCGCUACGCGGACCGAGCCAAGCACAUCGUUAACCAUGCCGUGGUGAACGAGGAUCCGAACGCGCGGAUUAUCCGGGAUCUCCGUGAAGAAGUGGAGAAACUCCGAGAGCAGCUGACCAAAGCAGAGGCAAUGAAAUCUCCAGAGCUAAAGGACCGGCUGGAAGAAUCUGAAAAGCUAAUUCAGGAAAUGACUGUGACCUGGGAGGAGAAAUUAAGGAAGACGGAGGAAAUCGCACAGGAGAGGCAGAAACAGCUCGAGAGCCUUGGAAUAUCUCUGCAGUCUUCCGGAAUCAAAGUUGGGGAUGACAAGUGUUUCCUUGUGAACCUGAACGCUGACCCCGCGUUGAACGAACUCCUGGUGUACUAUCUGAAGGAACAUACAUUGAUAGGGUCAGCAAAUUCCCAAGAUAUCCAACUGUGUGGAAUGGGAAUUCUUCCAGAACAUUGUAUUAUCGACAUCACACCCGAAGGCCAGGUUAUGCUAACUCCCCAGAAGAAUACCAGAACGUUUGUAAAUGGGUCUCCUGUCUCUAGCCUGACACAGCUGCACCACGGGGACAGGAUAUUAUGGGGGAACAACCAUUUCUUCAGACUCAAUUUGCCUAAAAAGAAAAAGAAAGCAGAGCGAGAGGAUGAGGACCAGGACAGCUCCAUGAAGAACGACAGCAGUUCCGAGCAGCUGGAUGUGGAUGGAGACUCGUCCAGCGAGGUGUCCAGCGAAAUCAACUUCAAUUACGAAUAUGCCCAGAUGGAGGUGACCAUGAAGGCCCUGGGCAGUAACGAUCCAAUGCAGUCAAUACUGAGUAGCCUGGAACAGCAGCACGAAGAGGAAAAGCGGUCUGCGCUGGAGCGCCAGAGGCUCAUGUACGAACACGAGCUGGAGCAGCUCCGGAGGCGGCUGUCUCCCGAGAAGCAGAACUGCCGGAGCGGGGACAGGUUUUCCCUGCACUCGCCCAGCGCCCAGCAGCGCCUGCGGCAGUGGGCGGAGGAGAGAGAAGCAACAUUGAAUAACAGCCUGAUGAGGCUGAGGGAACAAAUUGUCAAAGCCAACCUGUUGGUGCGAGAAGCUAGUUACAUCGCAGAGGAACUGGAUAAAAGAACAGAAUAUAAAGUUACCCUGCAGAUUCCAGCCUCCAGCCUGGAUGCCAACAGGAAGCGAGGUUCUCUUCUCAGUGAACCUGCAAUCCAGGUGAGAAGAAAAGGAAAAGGGAAGCAGAUCUGGUCUUUGGAAAAACUGGACAACAGGUUAUUGGAUAUGAGAGACCUUUAUCAGGAGUGGAAAGAGUGUGAAGAAGAUACCCCCGUAAUACGGUCUUACUUCAAGCGUGCCGACCCGUUCUACGAUGAGCAGGAAAACCACAGUCUCAUUGGGGUGGCCAACGUCUUCCUCGAGUCCCUUUUCUACGAUGUCAAGUUACAGUAUGCCGUCCCUAUUGUCAACCAGAAAGGAGAGGUGGCGGGUCGGCUGCACGUGGAGGUGAUGCGCAUCAGUGGUGACGUCGGGGAGAGGCUGGCAGGGGGCGAGGAGGCCGCGGAGGUCUCCUUUGAGAAGGAGGCCCAGGAGAACAAACUGGUCUGCAUGGUUAAAAUCCUCCAGGCCACCGGGUUGCCACAGCAUCUGUCCCACUUUGUGUUCUGCAAGUACAGCUUCUGGGAUGAGCAGGAGCCUCUGAUCGUGGCGCCUGAAGUGGACACCUCCUCCUCCUCCCCCGUCAGCAAGGAGCCUCACUGCAUGGUCGUCUUUGAUCAUUGCAACGAGUUCUCUGUUAACAUCACUGAAGACUUCAUCGAGCAUCUCUCAGAAGGAGCGUUGGCGAUUGAAGUAUACGGACAUAAAAUGAACGACCCUCGGAGAAACCCGGCCCUGUGGGACUUGGGAAUCAUCCAGGCAAAAACACGGAGUCUUCGGGACAGGUGGAGUGAAGUCACCAGGAAAUUGGAAUUCUGGGUUCAAAUCCUGGAACAGAAUGAGAACGGUGAAUACUGCCCUGUAGAAGUGAUUGCUGCAAAGGACGUGCCAACAGGAGGAAUCUUCCAGCUCCGGCAGGGGCAGUCCCGGCGGGUUCAAGUGGAAGUGAAGUCCGUGCAGGAAUCCGGGACGUUACCACUGAUGGAAGAAUGUAUAUUGUCUGUUGGCAUCGGAUGCAUCAAAGUUCGACCGCUCAGGUCCCCCAGAACCCACGAGACCUUCCAUGAGGAAGAGGAGGACAUGGACAGCUACCAGGAUCGAGAUUUAGAGAGACUUCGUAGAAAAUGGCUAAAUGCGUUAACGAAACGUCAGGAGUACCUGGAUCAACAGCUACAAAAGCUUGUCAGUAAACAUGAUAAAACAGAGGAUGAUGCUGACCGCGAAGCACAACUUCUAGAGAUGCGGCUGACCCUGACUGAGGAAAGGAACGCGGUGAUGGUCCCCUCUGCUGGCAGCGGGAUUCCGGGGGCCCCAGCAGAAUGGACGCCAGUGCCCGGGAUGGAAACCCACAUUCCUGUUGUAUUCCUUGACUUAAAUGCUGAUGAUUUCAGCUCUCAGGAUAAUCUCGAUGACCCAGAAGCUGGUGGGUGGGAUGCUACCCUGACGGGGGAAGAGGAAGAAGAGUUCUUUGAGUUGCAGAUUGUAAAACAUCAUGAAGGAGAGGUUAAAGCGGAAGCCUCCUGGGACUCCGCGGUGCACGGCUGUGCUCAGCUCAGCAGGGGCACGCCCGGCGACGAGCGGGUGUUCCUGAUCGUGCGCGUCACCGUGCAGCUCAGCCACCCCGCCGACAUGCAGCUGGUGUUACGCAAGAGGAUCUGCGUCCACGUUCACGGCCGCCAGGGUUUUGCUCAGAGUCUCCUAAAAAAGAUGUCUCAUCGAAGUUCUAUUCCUGGCUGUGGAGUGACUUUUGAAAUUGUCUCCAAUAUUCCAGAGGAUGCGCAGGGCGUGGAGGAGCGGGAGGCGCUGGCGAGGAUGGCGGCCAACGUGGAGAACCCGGCGUCGGCGGACGCGCAGGCGCACAUCGAGAAGUACCUGCGCAGCGUGCUGGCCGUGGAAAACCUGCUCACCCUGGACCGCCUGCGCCAGGAGGUUGCAGUGAAGGAACAGUUAACGGGAAAAGGGAAGCUGAAUAGGAGGAGCAUCAGCUCUCCAAACGUGAACAGAUGGUCUGGAAGCCGACAAGAUCUCAUCCCAUCAUACAGUCUCGGCAGCAACAAAGGCCGGUGGGAAAGUCAGCAGGACGUAUCCCAGACGACGGUGUCCAGAGGAGUGGCCCCAGUCCCCACCACCCUGCCUGUUUGUCCCCAAAAUAACCAUUCUCCGGAUCCAGGACACAGUAGCUUAGCAGCCUCCUACUUGAAUCCGGUGAAGUCCUUGGUGCCACAGAUGCCAAAGCUGCUGAAGUCUCUCUUUCCUGUCCGGGACGACAAGAGGGGCAAACGGCCGUCUCCCCUGAUGCAUCAGCCCGUGCCCCGCAUCAUGGUGCAGUCUGCCUUCCCGGACGCCGGGGUGACCAGGAUGGAGGAGGCUCAGCCGGAGAGCGUGGCUGCUGGCGCGGCCCCCGAGGUGCUGGUGCAGGUGGCGGUCCCCGCAGCGAGGAUCUGCGACAAGCCAGCUAAAGUGCCUUCCCCGCCGCCUGUCCCCACGGCCACUCCGAGCCCGGAGGGGCAGGACGGGCCCCCCAGCCCCUUGAGCGAGGCCUCGAGCGGGUACUUCUCCCACAGCGUCUCCACCGCCACGCUGUCCGACGCCCUCGGCCCCGGCCUGGACGCCGCGGCCCCGGCUGGGGGCCCCGCACCCGGCGGCCAGGCCGAGACCCCGCUGCCGCCCGCCGCCCGGCCGCCCGGCCCGGGGCCCGACGCGGCGCCCGCGUCCCCGUUCCGCGUGCGCAGGGUGCGCACGGCCGAGCUGCAGUCCUUCUCGCGCAUGCUGAGCGCCGACGCCGGGCCCGCCGCGGUGGCCCCGGGGGACGCGCUGGUCGCCGGGGCCCAGCCCCUGGGAAGGCCGGACGUCGCGUCGGAUUCCGAGGAAGGCGACGAAGUCCCCGAGUGGCUCAAAGAGGGGGAGUACGUCGCCGUGGGCACCAACAAGCUGGGCAUCGUGAGAUACAUCGGGCCCACGGACUUCCAGGAGGGGACGUGGGUCGGCGUGGAGCUGGACUUGCCUGCAGGGAAGAACGACGGCUCCGUGGGCGGGAAGCAGUACUUCCGCUGCAGCCCGGGCUACGGGCUGCUGGUGAGGCCGGGCCGGGUGCGCAGGGCCGCGGGCGCGGCGAGGAGGCGCAGCGCGGGGACCAGGCUGCAGGGCGCCCCCGAGCCCCGCCGGAGCGCCACCCUCUCAGGCUCCGCCACCAACCUGGCCUCGCUGACGGCCGCCCUGGCCAAGGCUGACAGGAGCCGUAAGAACCAGGAGAACCGGAAAUCCUGGGCCAGCUGAGCCGGCGCCCCGGGAGCACGUGCCGGAGGGAGCCCUGCGGUGACAGCGCCGGAACCGGCGCCGCGGGCCCCUCCCUGGGGGGCUGGGCAGCGGAUGCUUUUUGCACAUUGCAGGGCUGGUGACCUCCCGGUUUCCCGUCCUCCCUGGGCCUCUGGAAGCUUUGUUUCCUCGCUACCCAGAGGAUGAGGGGGCACCUCGGCCUCCCCGGGUGGGGGUCGCAGGGUCCAGGCGCCCACAGGGGUCAUGGGAUUGUGGGAGUGAGGCCCCAGGUGGCACGAGGCCCGGCCACCUCCCUGCGUGCCUGUGCCUUGGGCUUUCGUUUCUCUUUCCUAUUUGUCUAUUCUGGUGACCCCAGGAAUGUCGUAAUUUAAACCUUAACCCUAACUAGUGCCUUUCGCCAAGCCCACCCUGACCUCCUGGCUGGCGCCUCAGGCCCCCAGUAACAGUCCCCUAAGUGCCUGUGGCCUCCCAGGGCUCCUGGCCAAGGCCCUGUGCACCCCGAGUGGGGGCUGUGGCCUGCGCCCCGCUCCUGCCGCGCUCCUCUGACAGGGUUUCUUAGAGUGUCUUUGGGGGUGUUCUGGCGUCUCUACACCUGGAAAGUCUUUUCUGUUUGCCAUUUAUUCCCUUAACAGAAUGCUUGGAAUAUAUUUAUUUAUAUUUAUUUUUUCAAAACCUGAAAUCAUUUGCAAGCCACAAUCGUCUGCCUGGGUGCGUGUGGCCCGGGGCCUGCUGUGCACGUCACCAGCCUCUGUCACCGCUUGGGAGCUGGUGCCUCCUGCCCUGGGUGGGGGUUCCCGGGGCAGCCAGAGGAUGGAGCCCCCUCCUCCUGUCCCUCUGCUGCAGGUGCCCCCGGCCUCGCUCUGACGUAGAUGAAAGCAAACACUUGGGGGGUUGCCUUGCUGUGCUUCCGUAGUCGGUGACGAAGCUAGAGGCACUUACUGCCUUAUCUGGUGCAAUUGUGGCUUCUGGGAAGGUGCUUAGUCCAUUUUAGCUUCUUGGCAAUUCCCCAGCCCUGACCCCCUGACCCCCACCCGGGGGACGGGGCUCGGCCGGGGGCCGUGGAGGGAGAGCCCGUCCUGGUUUUCUCUUGGUCCUCGCCGCAGCCGUGCCCAGCCGCCAGGUGCCCGGGCUGUCUGCGAGAGGCGCUGCCUGACAGUCCUGGGCCGCCCGCUGCCACAGUGCUGGGGACAGGAGCCCUGCUUGAGGAUCCGCACAGGCAGUCUCGGUGCCCGUUUCCGGUCCUGACGUUGAGGCGACACUAGAAAGCUCUGCUGCGGAAUCCUGGUUCUCUGCGGACUUGACGCUCCUCCCAGGAAGCACUGCUGGGCUCCCUGUCUCUGGCUGGGGCCGCCUGCCUGGUGGCCCCUGAGGACACCAGAGUGUCCCCCCAGCACCUGCAGCCCCCAGCCGGCUCAGGAGCAGACAGGAGCCCCUGCUCGGUGUCAUGAGUCCGGCCUCACGUGCGCUCAGACUUCAUUUUGUCCAGAAUCCAGCCCUGACCAUCGCCAGGAGGGGUGGUCUCCCUGGCGGGCCCCACAGCUGCCUUGGGUGCCCUGUGCUGGGCAGCGCCCGGCUGGGAGUGCGUGGCUCUCUCCCUCCCCAGUGGCAGGGCCAGACACAAGGGGCCCAGCAGGAAGGAUCCUGCCCCAGCCCAGUCUGGGACACUGCCACCCUGGUGCCCCAUCAGCUCCGACCCCGCAGAUGUCCCUGACCCACGAGGGCAGAUGAGGCAGCCUCCCGAAGACGGCACCGCAGCAGGGACUGGCAGGGGUGUGCGUGUUGCUGUCCUGCCUCCUUCUGCACUGUGACCUGCAUGAUCCUUAGGGCUGGAGGGAGGCACUGACCGAAGGACUCACUGCAAGGUGCGCACGGGGUCACUGUCGCCGCCCACUGCCUGCCUGGGCAGCCCGGCUCGACUCCAGCCCUGCUCUGCCAGAUGACCGGCGGGGCUGUUGGGGGGCAGCCGCCCUGCCUGCCUUCCCGCUUCUUGGUGCAAACUGAUGGGAACCUGCAGCCAGGAAAGCGGGGACAUCACCGCAGCAGUAAGCCCCGCCAGCCUGGGCCCAGCGUGGAGCGGGCGGCAGGUGCAGUCUUGAGGGUGGGGUGGGCGCCGCUUCCUCCAUCUUCCCUUCUGCCUCACUGGCUGCAGACCCAACUUAGAGCGUCCGCCCUGGGACUUUCUCGAUGCCGUUCUUAGAGGGCCCCAGGCUUACAGCAGCUCGGGGACACUUCCUGGGGCCUCUGCCUGCCACUCUGCAUGCCCAGGGCCACCACCAGCCCUGCCACCUCCCACGUGGCCCUCAGGCCCUUAUGAAGGACAGAGGCACAAGGGUAGAAAGGCCCAUUCCCACCCUGGGGACUGCGUCAGGUCAGGGGAUGGGCGUGUAACCGGCGUCCCUGGUGCCCAGGCCUGACCCGGGGAGCAGCCGGGCACCGGUGAGGAGGGGGAGGCAUUUUGGGGCCCACCAGGUCGGGCCUUGUGUGUUCAGUGAGAGAGUUGAGCUGGGAACGUGACUGCUGUGGCGUCUGAAAGGCUGAGGUGCCCCCCACCCCAAACUACUCCCUGGCAUUUCCCCCUCUUGCCUUAAAAGCUCCGUGAAUGUGAAAUGGUCCAGAAGUCCUGAGUGUUUCCUUUCCUCGCGGAGACUCGCCCUGCCUGCGUGCACGCGUGUGCUAGGUGUUUAGGUCCCCCCUACCCACGGUGGCCGGUCCCCAGGGCCGGCUAGAUGGGAGUGUCCCACUGUAGUGCCUUAGCCGCGGGGACUGGCGUGUGGCCUGUGCUUCACGCCUGUCACCGCCGAUUGUACCCAAAAGCAUCUUCCUCCCGGCAAAGUCUCUGGUGCCUUCCUGGUGGGCUGCUGACCCUAAUGGUGUUGGGAGGGUCUUAGGACAUCUCUGUGUGGAUGUUUGUAAAUAUGAUGGGUUCACGUUUAAAGAAGUGACUUGGAUUCCGGGAUUAUAUUGAUUUGGUACACGUUAAAUGGGAGUUCAGAUAUCCAAAGACUGUAAUGAACUGUACAGACUUCAGUGAUUUGUGUCGUAUAAUGAACUAAACCACUGUAAUUUUUGUACCAUAUAAGCCUUUCCAGCAAAUGACCAACAGCUUCGAAAUAAAACCACGUGAUUUCUUGCCUA